CUACUUGCUUCAAGCAACACACACAUAUAGCAUCAACUGGAAUAUUUUACCAUAAAUUUUAUUUUGUAAAUUUAUUUUGGUAAAAUUUUCAACAAAUUAUUUAAAAAUUUUAUACUUCUAAAGUGAAAUCGAAUGGUUUAUUUCAAGUUUAAUCCAAAAGAGUGUUAAAAAUUUGGAAAAUUUUGACACAAUUUGUGAAAUUAAAAAACAGGCGGUGCAUAAAUGCAUAUAAGACAACCGGGUGGUCGGCAAAAAAAUAAAGUCGAAAAAAGUCUGAAAGAAAAAGAAAUCAUAACCCAAAGAAAGAACAGAACACAAGGGGAACAAAAUAAUAAAUACGGGAAAAAAAUAAAAUGCACAUGCAAUAGAACUGUUUUUUAAAAAAGGAAUUUAUUAGCAAACGUAAACAUUUAGCUUAAAAAAAACUAAUAUAACGCUUUAUUAUUAAGCAGCAUAAAAGGAAAAUAAUUGGAACCAGCAACAGCAGUUUAUCUCUUAAUAAUUAUAUAAGGAAAUUUCUAGGAGCCGCCGGCUAUACAGAGUGGCAAGCAAUCCAAAAACUUUAGAAGAAAAUAACUAACCAACCAACCGACCUCCCACUUGGUAAGCGUGUGCUUUUCUUUUAGGAUUUGACAGAUAGACAGCAGCUGCCCAGUCUGCGCCUUUUUUUUCGUUCGCAACCAUGGAUGUGUAUGAUGUUAGUGAUGAUUUGAUUAAGAAACUAAAUGAUUGGAAGUUAAUUGGCAUAAUAUCGGGUAAAUUUAAUGAACUGAAAGAGAAUCACUCGAAAGUGAAUUUUGUGGAACAUGCCUUGAUCGAUUUCAAAUACAUCGAGAAAAUUCUAUUGAAUGUUAAACUGCGCGAGGAAAAGUGCAAUAAACGUAGCUCCGAAUAUCGUAUGUUGGGCAAUGAACAAUUUUCAUUGAAAAAUAAGAAAUAUUUUCAGGCCCUGGAAUUGUAUAAUAAAAGUAUUUGUUUUUCCGAACCCGGUUCCGAGAAUCUCUCCAUUGGCUAUGCCAAUCGUUCGGCCGUACUAUUCGAAUGGAAACGUUAUCGCGAGUGCCUGCUCAAUAUAGAGUUGGCACGCAAGGCCAACUAUCCCAGUCGAUUGAUGCACAAAUUGGAUAAACGUGAAAAGGAUUGUCAUAAACUAUUGGCCAGUCAACCGCCCGACAUUCAACCCUAUGAAUUUCAAAUGGAAUUCGAAGCACACCCUCAAGUGCCCCAUAUAGCCGAGUGUCUGGAGUUGCGUGAAACUGCCGAGGAAGGUCGCUUCAUAUGCACGAAUCGUGAUUUGGUUGUGGGCGAUUUGGUAGCCACUGAUGAGCCAUUCUGUUCGACUCUACUGCCACCAAUGCGUUACAUACGCUGUGCCACCUGUAAAGAAGAGAAAUAUCUUACACUAAUACCCUGCGAAAGUUGUUGUUCCGUUAUGUUCUGUUCGGAGGAGUGCCGUGAGACCGCGGUCAAUACUUUCCAUAAGUAUGAAUGUCCCGUCAUUGAUUUACUUCACACCAUGUUCAAUAAAAUACAUGGCAUUGCCUUGAGGGUGUGUCUCUCGGCUUUGGAACUGUUUCCCACCAUUGAAGAGCUUAUGGCAUUUUGCGAUGAACCCGAUAAUCAAAAUCGUUCUGCAUUUGAUUUGGACUAUACUAACUUUACGCCCAGAGAACACUAUCGGGCCAUACACGGUCUUGUGACUAAUCAGCACUUGCGCUCCGUUUCCGAUCUAUUUCAACGUUCAGUGGUUUGUGCUGUCCUCAAGCAUUUCAUGAUUAACUACACACCUUUGAAAGACUUUUUGGGUGGUGAAGAGGGACAAAACUUCUUUACAGAAUUACUAUUUCGACACUUGCAGACCUCACCAUCCAAUAUGCAUGGCAUCGAUUUGGUGGAACAAAUCAAUGAGACUAAAGAUGAUACAACACACUCGUCGGGAGCAUUUGCUUUUCUAUCACUGCUUAAUCAUUCAUGUGCUCCCAAUACGGUGCGUAUUUAUAAAGGCUGUAAAGCCUAUUUGUUUGUGCUUCGUCCAAUACCUGCCGGUGGUAUGCUGCAUGAUAAUUAUGGCCAACAUUAUGCCAUCUCACCUAAGGCAAAACGCAUUGAUAUACUCUCCAUGCAAUAUCGUUUCACCUGCAAGUGUGAGGCCUGCGAGCAGGACUAUCCUACAAUCGAUAAACUCAUGCCCAAACUCUUUGUACCCUAUGUCAAUGACGAGCAUCAUAUAAGUAGUCUGAUAGCUUAUGAUUUUGAUUUUGCUUUGAAAAACUAUCGCAAAUACUGUGAAUUCCUAACCAAAUAUGGUGAGGCCUAUCCCUGCGAUCAAAUCAGCUCCGCCGAAGAAAGUCUCAAAAUGGCCCUGCACAUAUUAGUCGAUGCUGUGCCCCUCAAAGCAAAAAUGAAUCAAAGUCCUCAAUUUCUCGAUCGAAAUAAAGUAGAGGAGACAAAACAGGAAAACGAGAAUGAAGAUAAUCUUAAAACGGAAAUGAAACAAAAACAAGAAGUUAAAACUGAAGUUAAAACAAAUUAGAGAACAGUUAAAACUACUCACACAUACAACAACAAAAAAACAAAAACAUGCUUUGGAUGCCAUAUUUAGCUGAAGAAAGUUGGAUUAAAAACACAACAAAAAUGGUUUGACUAUUAUACAUAAAUAAAUGAUGCCCCCAUUGUUUAGUUACAUAUUUUGAUAGAGAUACAACAAGGUUUUUGCUGAACCUUACAAAAAAAAUGAUUUUUUUUUUAAUUUAAAUGUUUAACUUGUGAA